GGGGGGUUGAAGGACUAAAACACGAAAGGCAUGGAAUCUCGGUGGGUGCAGCAAGCAGACUAAGAAAGCGGGAAAGGAGACAUUGCGAGAUGGCCCGACGAAUGACGUUCUGGGAGGAUAGACCUCGUGGGAUCCUGCCACCAAGAAUAUCAGAAGGCAGGGUCGAAAUAAGCCUGCCGGCAAGAAGUACGGUAGGCAAUCCGGUGAUGGACUGGGUGGGGGUAGAGUUGGUGGAAGAUACGGUGUACCUAGUAGUGGAGCUGGAAUGGCGUGCGAGAGGGGAGUUCAAGGGCGUAGACUUGAAUCGCCCGGGGCGUGUACAUGCGACGGGAUCCUUACACCUGUCGGAAGAGGGAUGGCGAACCUUUGGGAUUGCUUUGGCUUCCAGGGAUGAUCCCGUGCGAAUGUUCGAAGAGGCAUGGCAAAUAACCUGGCGGGAGGGGUUUGAGUUUGCAGACCCGGGACGAGAUGACGUAACGGCGGAGGUAAACGUAGCCGCGGCAGGGGUCUUUGAGCUACCAAAACUAGGCAAAAUGGCAACGGAGGAGGAGACAGAUAAUCAUAAGAGUGAAGGAGAACCGGGCUUAGGAGGCAGUGCCGCACAAAGCGAAGGGGAGCAGAAGGACAGAGAAUCGAUAAAUCCGGAUGGUACCAAAGGGAACCGGAAGGAGAUCUCCACAGGGGAAAGCUCGGGGAAAGCUGGGGGAAGCAGGCAGGGGACUCAGGGGACCAAGGAAGGCAGGAAUAAGGAUAGGACAAGCCCCGGGAACUCGGAAGGAGCCGUGUCUAAGAAAAAAUUGACCGAAGAGGAGAAGAUUGACCACCUGAGACAGCUUGUGUCUUUGAGCCUAGGACAAGACAUAAUGGCCAUCGUAGCUGCAAGCCGGUCUUGGAAAGAAACCCGGGAUGUGAUGAUGAGAAAGUAUCUGGCAGCCGAAAAGAUGGCAACGGAGGCCGAUUUAGCAGCAGUCCAGAGAAAGAACUUCGCAACGUACAAUGACUUCCUACGGGAGUUUACCUUGGUAGCACUAAGAAUCCCCGGGGUUACGGAUCGAAUAAUCAGUAAGUAUUUCCUCAGACAGUUCUCUGAGUUCGACAAGGACAAGAUCCUGUCGGCUUACCAACAGACGAGCAAAUUUGUAAACACCAGGGACGUUGAUUUCAGUACGGUAACGGAUCUGGCUGAAAAGACGGUAGUGAUCGAGACAUUGACCUUGCUUAAGGAAGGGGGGAUUAUAGACUUAACCAGUAGGACGGACGACAAGGUGAAAAAGGGGAUUGAAAGCCUACACGAACGGUUGCACGGAGUCGACAACAAGACUGAAAGGAUGGAGAGCGCGCUACUAGUUAUGCAGGCGCAAGUAUCCCGUCCCCCCCUCCUGCCCCAAGAAGCAGUAGUUCCGCCAGGGGUGGCCAAUCGUGGAUUCGGACGGAGAGAUCCCGCUAACGAGCAAUGCAAGUACUGUACUGCGAUAGGAUAUUAUGUGCGCGCGUGCCCAAAACUCAACCAUGAUAUUCUAAAAAGAAGGUGUACCAGGUCAUUAAAGGGGGAGCUAUUUGGACCACAAGGGGAACGGGUGAACUGGAACUCACCAGGAGGGAUGCGGCGAGCCAUUAUCAUGCUCAACGGGCUAGAAAUAACAGCCAUAGAAGCCGAACCGGUUGGCGAGAUCAUCUGGGAUCAACGCCAGGGGCGCGGGCCGCAGGUCAAUUUUAUUUUGGAAAAGGACGGACGUGAUAGGGUGAACGCGACUACUCGGCUAGGGACGGCUAGGAGAAGGAUUAACCGUGACACUGUGAUUGAGGAGGUUGCUGGAAGUUCGAAACCCCAGGCAGAGCCUGAGGCCGAGGAACCGGAAAAGGUCUAUGGGAAACCUAGGGAAGAGGAGCCUACUGACAAAGUUACUGCUGCCAAUAAGAAGUUUAGGUACCAAAUCCCGAUCUUAUCCUUGCUAGAAAUUGACGACACCAUUAGCAAGUUACUAGGAACCAUGGUGUCGAUGUCUUUUCAGACUAUGCUGCAGGCUAGCCCUAGGUUGCUCAAAGGGCUUAGACAAUUGUUGACCCGGCGCCGAAUAGAAAUAGGCGACAACCCCGAAUUACCAGAAGGGGAGAGGGAGGAGGAAGUUCCGCAAGAAGUGGCUAACCUGCAGAGGAGUCGCGGGGACUUGGAGGAUCUCGAGAAGGCCUUUGCAGACAUUCGUUUGAGCUUGCCCGACCGAGAGGGCGGCGAAGUCAUGAGAUCGCCACCCGGGACGAGGCUUAGCUUUCAUGCGCUACCCGUAGGGAAAUUGAAAAUUCAGAUCGGGAGUCAUCACACCGACGCAUUAGUAGACGGGGGAGCAGAAAUCACUCUCAUAAGGAGAGAUUUCGCAACAAUCACGGGAUGUACGGUAAACAAGGAAGUAACAGGGAGCAUCCAGGGAGCUGGCGGGGAAAUCCCGUGCGCUGGGUGCAUCACGAAGUGUGCUGUAAAGGCAGGGGUCAAGGAAUCGAUCUGGUCGUUUCAGCGGAUGACUGUAAUGGAGGAAAUGGACCACGAUAUAAUCCUCAAGAGACCAUGGUGCACGAACGUAGAGAUGAUAAGCAUGCACUUGCACGAUGGCUCGUACAUGGUAGACAUAGAGCACCCUGUGACCGGCCGGGGAGAGCUCCUCCGACUCCUUGGAAGGGGAGGAGACCCCCCGAGGGGGAAAUUGGCAACAUGGUCGCCGUCAUUCGAGGAUAGCACGAGAAAAGGGGCUUUCGCACGGAUGGAGGGUAUGAGAGAAAGGGUAGAAAUCAUGAUUGAGGAAGCGUUCAACAAGAAGGAGUGGAUCAAGAUGGGCCUGCCCCAGAAGAAGAGGAGGCAGGAGGACGAAGUCCUAGGUGUUAUGGUAGUAGAAAAAGUGUCAGAGGUCGAACUUGGUGCUAGUCUGCCCAAACGGAAAAAAGUGCGCCUAGACAUGCCGGAAAUCGCACUCGAGAUCCCCGAUCUAUUGCAACUCAUCAAGGCCCUCAGAUACCACAAGGUAGGGGUGGAUUCGACAGCCUUGGCCAAGUUCGAAAGAGAGGUGCAAAAGGGAUAUUGCCUGAAUGGGAAAUUAGUAUUCAACCACGAGUUUAGAGGCGACGGGGGCAAUUCCGGCUGUUCAUUUUUUAGGAGAAAGAUCCCGGAAGGAAGUGUUCGAAAGUACAAGCCGGCAGGGAAGAAAGCAAAACCGGUCUCGAUCCUGCUAGAGACAUCAAAGGAAGAGGCUAUGGAGAAGGAGGAAGAGGUCCUUCGAGUGAUCCGAGAAAGAAGGGCGACGAAGGGACAUCGGAUACCAGAUGAGGUAGCGGACACAAUGAAGAUAGGAAUAGACGAGUUUUUAACGGAAGAAGAAAACCGCCUGAUCAAAAGGACCUGCCAGGAAUUUCAUCUGGCGUUUACCUUUAGUGAUCACCAGAAGGGACGACUGGAUGCGAAGUUGAUCCCUCCGGUCGGAAUCCACACUGUAGAACAUGAGUGUUGGAAUGACAAGGGGUCAUCCUAUGAAUUUGGGAUAGCGGGAGAGGUAACGGGCCUCCUCCGAGCGAAGAUGAACUCCUUCGUUGCGGAGCCUACGACAUCGCCAUACGCAAAUCGGUGGUUCGUCUUUCGAAAGCCUAACAAGACACUAAGGUGGAUUCAGGACCUGCAGAAGUAUAAUGCGGUAACCAUCCGGGAUGUUUACUCGCUACCUCUGGCUGACUUAUUAGCAGAAUUGCAUGCCGGUCGGAGCAUUUACUCCUUGAUAGAUCUGUACUCAGGGUACGACCAGCUUCUACUGGAUGUUCGGGACAGGCCAUACACCGCUAUGCACACCCCCGUGGGCCAGCUACAGAUGCAGGUGACACCUAUGGGAUUCACAAACGCGGUGGCCGAAGCGCAACGCAGGAUGCUCGCCGUGGCCGGGCACAUGCUCCCAGAAAAAUGUGAACCUUACAAUCCGAUCAAAGGCGCGCAGGAAAAGGAUGAGACGGAAGUCCAGCCAGGGAUCCGACGUUUUGUGUGGGACCACCUGCAGGACAUCAAGGACUUACUCCGCCGGUUCCUAGUAUACAAUAUUACGGCUAGUGGACCAAAGAGUAUCCUAGCAGUACCGGAGGUGAUUAUACUAGGAUUUCGUUGCGGUGCUUACGGCAGGAAGCCGGAUCCAGCAAAGACCGACAAGAUAUCACAGUGGUCGACGCCACUACGCACGACGACGGAGGUAAGGGCAUUCCUAGGCGUGGUCGGCUUUUGGAGGAUCUUUAUUAAGAACUUUGCCAAGAUCGCUGAGCCUAUCCGGGCUAUGAUCAGGGAAGAAGAAACCAUGGAUUGGACGAAGGAGCGGGAAGGAGUUAUCCAAAGACUCAAGGACAUAUUGACAUCUGAGACAGUCGCUCUGUCCACGCCUUGUUUUAAUGACGAAGUGGGACGACCCUUCAUCCUAGAGACGGAUGGAGGACCUUUGGUCGUAGGAGGUGUGUUGAUCCAAAGGGAUGAAGGAGGAAAAGAGAGGCCGAUUAGGUUCGAAAGUAGAACCUUGAACUCCGCAGAACGGCGGUACUCACAAUUCAAGAAGGAAGUCCUAGCCAUCCUGCAUUGCCUUAAGACCUUUCAGGCCUACAUAUUUGGGAGGCGGUUCAUUUUAAGGAUCCACCCGACGAAUGUUGCAGGGCCCUAAAGAAUUACAGGCCUAUAGAUCCGACGGUAGGGAGAUGGGUAGGAUUCAUCUGGCAGUUCGAUUACAAGAUCGAACGGAUUGCUGGAAUCC